CAGACUCGUCUUCACUUAAUCCUUCCGGAAUCCUCCGUCCCUUGCUUCCACUUCGUAUUAUUUCCAUACAAUCUAUUAUCAGCUUGCCUCUCUGCGAGUUCCUUCCCCUGGAUCGAUAAUUCGCUCCUCAUUCAACAAGCGGAGAAGCGUAUAGGCAUCAUAGAGACAUUCUAGAGGCGUGGAGACAAUGCGAAUACCGUCUCCGAUGAGCCCAUAAAGCCGAGGGAUUUCGUCGAGUCGCCUAUUGCUCUCAUAACGCAAAGCCGAUGAGAGUGAGCAGAGUGAGCACGCAUAAUCAAAGCUAAAGCUAGUAUUCAAGCUUCGUUGCUGGGCUUUGUAGUUUUCCGGUCCGUCGAGGUAAGAUAUUAUGAAAUUUCUUCGCCUUCUUCGAUGUCUCUAAUGCUGUGGAUCGUAACCUUGUUCAAGUUCUCGUUCUGGGUGUUCUGCGAGUUCGGAUCGCACACAUGGUUAAUGCGAGAGGCUUCAAGGAAGAGGCCGCCUUCCGGUACAUUAGGCCCAAGAGACAGUGCGUUUGUCUUCACAAUACCAAGGAAAGGGCCAUGUCUAGGUCUAUGGGCGUUAUGCAGAGCAGAGAAGGCGCGCUAUUGUCCCUUUCCAAGACUCUACGCUGAUUUGGUGAUUGUGGGUUUUCACGCUUUGAGGCGAUGAAGAGCGUGGAACCUUCAAAUUUGGUGUUUCGGUGAGGAUGCAGAUUUCUUUCCUAAUGUUAGACGUGGCAACCCAGCUUUGCCCUUCCCUGUAGAUCGACUUCAUUGCGUGUAGUCGGUCGUUUUCGGGCGCUUGAUCAGCAUCUCUAUCCAUAACCUUCAUUUGCGUGAUAAUAUUUUGGCAAACAGAUGGUAGCUGCUGAGCCGUACGACAGAGCUUCUAGGUCGGACUUGAGGGUGGGGUUAUCAGAAUAUCAAUC